AUGCAAGAGCAGAGAAGACGUGCAGAGCAGCAGCAGCAGAAGCGCGGGCUUGGGGAACCCGAACUGGGGGGCAUUGGACUGGGCGAUGGGAUGGGACAGGCCCUCUGGAUUGGCGAGACGACGAACUGGGGGCAUCCUCGCACUGGUGAUGGCAGCCGUAACAGACAGGGGUCACUGAAGUACCUUGGAUCUGGAGAAUUGAAGCUUCAAGCUGCAGCGCUGGGCAGAAGAGGAGAGGCGAGGCGAGGCAAGAGGCGAUGA